AUGCUUGGGAAGUAUCGGUUGAUCGAUCUCUCAACAGGGAUGCCUCCGUGUAGUAAGUAACGCGAACAGCAAAACGUCUAGGGGAGCAGCCCCUUGACAUGAUGUCAACCAACCAUCCAUCCAGCCUUACCAAACAGCACUUCCCUUCAACACGUCUUCGUUGAAUGUCAACCCUCGAGUUGCUUUCCUCCACCAUCAACUGGUGACAGUGCAUUCGUGAGUUAUCACUUGACAUUGGCUGUGCAGGCAGGUGUGAUGGAAAAACUGAUACGAACAACAGACAUUGGAUCGUCAGUGACAGGAGGUGACCCUAUCCCCGAAAAGCGGGGGCACCCACCGUGGCCUGUCUGGGAAAACGACAUCGAUGCCCACAAACACCCCAUAUUCUACAACAACGCUCGCGAAGGAAGCAGGCCACGGGAAAAUACAGCGGAAGGAUUGACUUCGUACGGUUGAGAAUCCAGGUCCAUUGGACACUAAAUGUGAGUCUUCACUGUCAUUGCUACAGAUGGACAACAGCAAGAAUACUGACAGUUGUAAUAAACGAAUCACACAGAAAAACAGGCUUUGGUUCCGUGGAUUGCGGCUCACCAUCCCGUGGCAGAUCCUCAACGGCUCGGUUCGGUGGAGUGACCGUCGUGUUGGCAGGUGUGUGCCAAUCUUUCAAAAGCAAAGCGCAGGGCGGCAUGACUAACUGAUCGAUUGGACUGCAACAGCACAGGGGAUCCGAAGCAAUGCCUUCCCGUUAUUCCAUGACUCGGUUCGGUGGAGUGACCGUCGUGUUGGCAGGUGUGUGCCAAUCUUUCAAAAGCAAAACGCAGGGCAGCAGCACUAACUGACCGGUUGGACUGUAACAUCACAGGAAAUCCGAAGCAAUGCCUUCCCGUUAUUCCCAAGUCAUCACCAACCCAAAUCGUCGACACUUGCAUCAUGACUGCUGACUUCUGGGGAGAUCUCUCUGUAAGUAGUAGUCCUUGCCUGACUUUUGGACCCUAUACUCACAACAGCCCACGGUGCGAGCGCAGACAAACAUGCGUCUUCUGGCCGCUGCAGACCGCAUGACCGGAACGGAACGGGCAAAGGCAAUACGUCGAUAGGCGAAAAAGUCGAAUACUUCCGAGAUCGAGCAAUUCUGGCGCCCAAAAAUUCGCACAGAUCAACGACAUGGUGCCCGACCUGCUGCCGGGUGACGCUCAAGCGUUCUACAGCGCGGAUUCGGUCGAAAAUGAAGACGGAUCACUGUUCUCGAUCAAGUACCUUCAGAGUCUCAACAUCGCCGGGAUGCCGUUGCACGCUGCAAGAUACAAAGUGGAAACUUGGACCCCGCCGCGGGGCUGUGCAACGGCACAAGACUGUUGUCAACUCGGUUACACACCCGCGUGCUCGACGCCAUCAUUCUCACAGGAGAUCAUGCUGGACAGCCAGUUUUGUUGCCACGGAUCACGCUGAAGACAGGGCCAUCAGCUGAGCUUCCGUUCACUCUGCAUCGGACGCAGUUUCCAAUUCGGCUGGCAAUGGCUAUGACGUUCAGCAAAUUGCAAGAGCAGUUGGCACUUGCGCAGGUAGGAGUGUGUCUGGAGACGCCCGUCUUUUCUCACGGCCAGUUGUAUGUCGCGUUGUGCCAAGCAACUAUGUGGACGGUGUCAGAAACGUCCUGA